GACUCGAUCACCGCCGUUGCAACACGUUGCGAGGCUAGUUCUGUUUUUUUGUAAAAACAAUAAAACGUGCGUCAAGUGCCGAUGCCGAUGGUGCGGUAAGAGGAAGAUUUAUCAACGUAUUGUGACGUCACUCGACUACCAGAAAUGUUUAAACAAACAUGUCGGACAUGCCUCAGUACAAAAGGAGAAAUGGUUUCGAUAUUUUCAUCCGGCUUUUACGUAAGCCAACUACCAAAGAAGCUCAUGGCUUUCACAAGGCUUGAGAUAUCCGAAGACGACGGUCUGCCGAAGGUGAUUUGCAAGAAAUGCUUGUUCUUAGCCGAAUCUUUUUAUUGUUUCAAGGAACAAUGCGAAUCUGCUGAUAAUCAGUUGAAAUCUUUGCUUAAAAAUAAAUCGACUAACAAGAAUACCGUUAUCGCCAGAAAGACACCCGAUUCGCAGACUUCAGCCAGCGGCGUUUACUGUCUUGGCUUUACCGAUUCGUUAGGUCGAUUGACAAAUUUUAUUUCAAGCAAUGAGAACCAUCAACUUAAUAAAAGAAACGCUUCUGGUCAGUCUCGGGGGAUCGAAGACGACUACGCGAUUGAAUAUAUUUCGGAUGAGGUGAGAAUCGAGGUUGAAAAUGCGAUGAAAAGGAGGCAAGAAGCUGAGAGGAGAAUCAGUAUGGAGAAAGUAUCUCAGAGCGUAAGAAAUCUGGCAGGAAUCGAAGUGGUUCCCGUUACAGAUCCGUGCGCUGGGAGUCGCGAAAAGAGUUCCGAUAGAAAAAAAGAGGAUAUAGUUGUAUUUCCUGUAACUGUGCCCAGGAAAAGAAGCAAAUCGAUUGAAACUAUCGUUAUUGACGAUCCCUUGCCGCUCGGCAAGAGGCUUAAACUUCCCGCAGAGACUUCUUUCACAAAAGUUGAUUUGAACAAAGUGAGAAAACGGGAUUCAACUUCGACUUGCGGCGAAUAUAAGAAAAUGAACUUUUCUACGGUCAAGAAAUUUGUUAAAAUUAAUGAGGAAAGAUGCAGUGGCAAGGAUAAUUCUCAGAUGCAAAACAAUAGCAAUAUUAUUAUUGUUAUCGACGAUGACAGUGAAAUGGAGGAUCCCGGGAUUGAUCAGGAUCGAGAGAAUCACAAGGAUGUAAGGAAGAUGUUGAAAAAGAUUGUACAAAAACAAGAUUUAGACUUGAAUGAAACUAAAGUUGAAGAGGAGCCAAAAAUGGAUGAAAGAAAGUCAGAAAAUGAAUCAAUUCCGAAACCAGAAGUCACUGGUACUAAUGAAAUUAACAAAUUGCCGAAUAUUUCCGUUGGAAUUUGUUCAGUUGAGAGUGAAGAAGAAGUGGUAGAAAAAUAUUAUGAUUGCCCUUUAGAAACGAUAGAAAUUUCAAAUGAUUUCCAGGGUUACCGUCUAGUCGCAGAGUCUACUGUUGGUUCUAUUAUAAACGAAACUGACGAGCCUACUAUUCCGGAUAUCAAGACAAGAAUCGAUGGAGAGGAAAUGUUUGCUUAUGAGAAUGUGAACGACGAAAGAAGUGAAGACAUUUUUGUUAAAAAGGAAUUUAACAACACGAAUAAUAAUUGCUCGUUCUUAAUUGAAAAAAUGGAAAGAGAGAAGAAUGAUUCACACGUGAAUUGCUCUGUCAAAAGUGAAACUAAUCAGAUAUCAACAUCCAUUUGCAGCUUGGAUAGCUCCUCUUGCGAAGCAACAUCAUCGGCGCUACUGGAUGUUAAUUCGUCAAGUACACGGAAGUUGUACGAGCGAGAAGAUUGGAUAGAAGAUAUGCAAAAGAAAAGCUUCGCCGACAAGAGCGAGCUCUACGAUCACAUAGACGAACACAACGGAUCAAAGCCUUUCAAAUGUUCAUUCUGUCCAAAGACAUUUAGUAUGCAGAGAAAGCUCAAGCGGCAUAUCAAUUAUCACGUUAAUUACACAUCAUUUGUAUGCGAGGUAUGCGCAAAGAGGUUCACGGAGAAAUCAUUCCUCGAAUCUCAUAUGCACCUGCAUAUCGGAGAAGCAACUUUCACUUGCAAGAGCUGCGACAUUUCAUUCAAUGAGAAGACCAAUUGGCAAAGGCAUGUUACAACGACUCAUGAAAAACUUGACAAUGUUCUUUGCGAAUUCUGCAACAAGGAAUUGCCCGACGAUAAGUCUUCUCAAAUUCACACGACGGUUGGUACAGGUAGCAAACCUUAUCAGUGUCAUCAUUGUCUUGGUGAAAUCACAAGUCCUGACAAUCCUUGGAUAGCGAGAGUGAAGACAGAGAAUCAGAGCAGAGAGCCUGAGGAUUCUGAUGGCUUAUGGGAAAAUAAACUGAAUUCAGAAAAGAAAAGUGAAGAAAAUGGAAGUGAAGUUCACUGCACCAAAGUUGAAAUAGAUUAUAAGGAGGAUGAUUCCUCGUCUCGUAAUGCGACAGUAGUUGUAGACGCCGAAAGAAAGAAAAAUGGGCAAAGUGGAUCCGAGAUAAAAGUAGAAAAUUUUUACGACGAUGCUACGGAGGAACUUACUACUUAUUCCGAAACUUUGACCGAAAUUGAUGCAGUUGAUAUUCCAAUUACCGUCGUUGAUAGAAGAGAACAUUGAAUAGAAUUACCUAUACAUGUAGAAUUUUUCUUUCAUUAUUUGUUUUCCAAUUUCUAAUACUGAUUAACGUACAAAUAUUACACUAAGUGGAUAUCGCAAGACUGCUAAUCGUUUUUAUUCAAAACGAAUCAAAA